AUGCCUGCUGGACCAGGCGAGUCUCUUCUAAUCACUUGCUUCGCCGACGUCCACUACUACUUCAACGAUCCGGCCUUGCGACCACCCCACCACCGAUUCGACAAAGGCAGCUAUGUCUAUCUCUUCUACAAUCCAGCUCAGCGCCAAACGAAGCUCGAGAUCGCGAACCACGCCGGAACUCCAGAUCAGGAUGCCUUCCACGGCUACCUGAACGUCGCCAACGUUCGCCAUUCCCACCUCCAACCCAACCUCGUUACACUUCUGGUCAACACGUCCGCUGUGACCGAUCAAUCGACAUGGCAUCUGCCAGCUUUCGAUCAGAGGAAUGAUCAAAAGUACAUGUACAAGCUGCACGCUUUGGACGUAUACCUGUGGACAGAGAAAGAUGCGUCGAAUCUCGUCAACCAGCUUAAGAACGUCUUGAGCUCGGACAGACUGGAGAUCAAGGAUGCUCAAGGUAACAGCACUCCUCAUGCUGAACACCGUGACUCGAUGAGCCCGGUCGUCCAACAGCUGGAGAGAACAGCAAUCGGUUCUCAGUUCCCACCCCGAGCGCCGAGCGCUGUCUCUGCUCAAUCGAUACCAGGUCCCCCUACUCCAGCCGUGUCUACCGGGAACUCACCCAAAGCAACUCCAAUGGGUUACAACCCAGCUGCUCCACCCGCUCCAGAGCCCGUAUCCUAUCGUGAGAAAACACCACCACCACCAGACGAUGGAAGUGGUACCGGCCUCAAGGACCAUCCUCGAUACGAAGGCGCUCCCCUUUCACAGUACCCAUCUGCAGCAGGCCAGCAUCAGAGCUAUCUCAGCGGCCCACCGCAACACUCACACUCACACUCAAGCACGCCUUCUCAAAGCCUACCCGGACCGCCAGGCAGUGCACCUCCACAGAACCGAGCUCCAUCCUUUGGCCCUAUGGCUCAAAGCACCCUCCCACAAUCACCUCCGCCAAACCAGCAAUCCUUCCAACGACAAUCCUCCUACGGCCCCACGCAAACCCAAUACGCUAAUUAUAACCCUCAAAUCCAAGCCAACAACUACCCAGGCUCUCCAGGAUACAACCCAAACCUGCCCCCAACACCAUCCGCACCACCGGCAUACUCUGGCCCGAAUCCCUUACAGUCACCGGGCAUCCCUCCGCCUCCGCCUCCGCAACAGCAGCCAACACCGGUAGGUGGCUAUAGCAACUACAACUACACCUCCGCUCAGGAACUUCAUUCAGACAGUCUGAACGCACAUGGCGCUUACACGGGCGACAUCCACAACCAGGCGUAUCGACCUACUGAAGCUGAGGCAAAUACCCAUGGACAUCACGCUCAUAAGCCUCAAAGGCAGAACACGGGAUCUGUGGAUGGCAAGCCGUCGAAACUGCAUGGUCAAGUAGGGAAGGUGGAAGGAAAGGUGGGGAAGUAUCUGAACAAGCUUGAUAAGUUGUGGUGA